AUGAAUUUAUAGGAUAAAUAGUUAAAGUUUUUAAUUAUUACUUAAUUAUUUAAUCAAAAUCAUUUUGAUCCCAAAUUUUAAACUAAAUCCCUUCAAAGCUAUGGAUAAAUAAAUGUGGGUAAUGAUUUUAGAAUUGCUACUUCAAAAGAAAAAUAAAAGGCAUUAAUUUUGUGGUACUCCAAAGUUAUAUUGCUACAGAAGUAUUUUUAACAGAAAAUGAAAAUGAUGCAACAUAUGAUGAGAAAUGCGAUGUUUUUCUUUAGGAUGCCUUCUUUAUUACCUUUUCAUUGCACUAUUUGGAUAACCAUUGAAAUAAUUAAAUGUGGAAAUGAAAAUUGA